GGGGGGCGGGAAGCGAGAAUCUCACCCCCACCCCAAAUCCUGCCGCUUCAAGUCUUUCCUCAAGAGGAACAGCGCGGCGAGGCGAGCUGUCUCUUCGCAGUGGGAUGUUCUCAACAUUGCGUUCAUGCUGGCAUCUUUGGCUUGGAUACACCAUCAAAGCAGUACCCACCUUUACUACUAAUAACUAAACAAAGAAUGAGGAGAUUUGUCUACUGCAAGGUGGUUCUUGCCACUUCUCUGAUGUGGGUGCUUGUGGAUGUCUUUCUGCUUUUAUACUUCAGUGAAUGCAACAAAUGUGAUGACAAGAAAGAGAGAUCUCUGCUGCCUGCUUUAAGGGCUGUUAUGUCAAGAAGCCAAGAAGGACCUGGAGAGAUGGGAAAGGCAGUUGUCAUCCCUAAAGAUGAUCAGGAAAAAAUGAAAGAACUCUUUAAAAUCAACCAAUUUAAUCUUAUGGCCAGUGACAUGAUUGCAUUCAACAGAAGUUUGCCUGAUGUAAGACUAGAGGGAUGCAAGACAAAAGUCUACCCUGAUGAACUACCAAACACAAGUGUCGUCAUAGUAUUUCAUAAUGAAGCCUGGAGCACUCUGCUUCGUACUAUUUACAGUGUUAUAAAUCGGUCUCCACACUAUCUACUUUCUGAGAUUAUCUUAGUAGACGACGCCAGUGAAAGAGAUUUUCUGAAGGUCCCAUUAGAGAAUUAUGUGAAAAGUUUGCAAGUGCCAGUAAAAAUCAUUAGGAUGGAACAGCGAUCAGGACUCAUCCGAGCUCGGCUUAGAGGAGCAGCAGCUUCCAAUGGCCAAGUCAUAACAUUUCUGGAUGCACACUGUGAAUGCACUUUAGGCUGGUUGGAGCCCCUGCUGGCAAGAAUCAAGGAAGACAGAAAGAUUGUUGUUUGCCCAAUUAUUGAUGUGAUCAGCGAUGACACUUUUGAGUAUAUGGCUGGGUCAGACAUGACUUACGGAGGUUUUAACUGGAAACUUAAUUUUCGUUGGUAUCCUGUUCCCCAGAGAGAGAUGGACAGAAGAAAAGGAGACAGAACAUUGCCUGUGAGGACCCCUACUAUGGCUGGUGGCCUAUUUUCUAUUCACAGAAACUACUUUGAAGAGAUAGGAACUUACGAUGCAGGAAUGGAUAUCUGGGGUGGAGAGAAUCUUGAAAUGUCUUUUAGGAUCUGGCAGUGUGGAGGCUCAUUGGAGAUUGUAACAUGUUCACAUGUUGGUCACGUCUUUCGAAAAGCUACACCUUACACAUUUCCUGGUGGUACCGGUCAUGUAAUUAACAAGAACAAUAGACGGCUUGCAGAGGUAUGGAUGGAUGAAUUUAAAGAUUUCUUCUAUAUAAUAUCCCCAGGAGUUGUCAAAGUGGAUUACGGAGAUGUAUCAGUCAGAAAAGCAUUGAGAGAGAACUUAAAAUGCAAACCGUUUUCAUGGUACCUAGAAAAUGUCUAUCCAGACUCCCAGAUUCCACGACGAUAUUUCUCCCUUGGAGAGAUCAGAAAUGUUGAGACGAACCAGUGCUUAGAUAACAUGGGACGCAAAGAAAAUGAAAAAGUUGGCAUAUUCAACUGUCACGGUAUGGGAGGAAAUCAGGUAUUUUCAUACACGGCCGACAAGGAGAUUCGUACAGAUGAUUUGUGUUUGGAUGUGUCUAGACUCAAUGGUCCUGUGAUCAUGUUAAAGUGCCACCACAUGAGAGGAAACCAACUUUGGGAGUAUGAUGCUGAGCGACUUACCUUGAGGCACGUCAACAGCAACCAGUGUCUCGAUGAACCCUCUGAAGACGACAAAAUGGUUCCUACCAUGAAAGACUGCAGUGAAAGCCGAUCUCAGCAGUGGCUGCUCCGGAAUAUGACCUUGGGUGCCUAAAAGCCGCGAAAGACUCGCUGUGUUUCCUCGCCAGGCCUCGCAAGGCUCUAGACCUCUUGCACUUCACACAGUUUGAGCGAACAGAAGUCUUUUCCUCUUCCCAUGUUACCGGUGAAGUGAAAGGUUUUGGAUGCUCGGUGAAAAGCCUAUCUGCUUUUUAAUUGCUUAAAGCAUGUUUGCACUUUUCCCUUCAGAUUUUUUAUCUUUUAUUUUUUACUCAUUCAGCUAAACACACAAGCGCUCUACAUACCGUAAAACAUAUGCUAUGAUCAAGACACGGUAUUCUUGAGGAAAAAUCAGACUCGCGGAAAGCAUUACAAAGCUGAACUCCAAGGUUUUGUGGGGAGUGGGCUUGCUGUUGGUUCUGUCAUGUAACGUUGCUUGAAAGUGACCAUGUUAAAUGCCUUAUGAAACCCACUUGUAUCGUGAGAGAUUAUAUCUUUUAUUUAUUAAGUCAAUGUGCUUGUACUGGCCCCUUCAUGGCAGCAGAGGAAGAAUUCGUUUUUAAUCUGCUACUGGCCGUAACCAGCAGAUAGCUCAGCUGAAAGAAUUUCUGAGCAGUAAAUUUACUGUAUAUAAUGGGUGUCUUUCAUGUAUAAUAUCGGGGGUGGUGGCAUUCCUGUUCUUGAAACGCCUUUGGAAUAUCGGCAAAACUAAAUGAAGGCUAUAUGCUGGCAGAUGGGAGGUAAAAUUGAAAGGUAAUACAAAAAGGUAAUACAAUGAAACUGAAUUCAUAUCGUCCACAGAUAGCAUACACUCCUGGCAAAGUAUAAGCCUUUGUGAAGCAUAGUAAUGCCUCUGGCCAAUUCUCACAAACUCCCAUUAAUGGUGCAACUAUAAGAGGUAGUAAAAAUUGAUCAUCUUGAGUUGGAGUGAAACUCCUGAAACUUGUUCUUUAAAAGUGUCAAGAGCAGGUUUAUGCUAGGCACUUUACCGGCGUUCAAGUUAAGCUUCAUUGCAUUAACUGUCCACUUUUCCAUAUUGAUUAUAUUUAUUUUUUUUUGAAAGAUUGCUUUUGGUAUUGCAGCAGAUUAAGCAUAUGUACAGCCCCACCUAAAAACGUCAAAGCUUCCACCUAUUAAUAAGUCUAGUUGAAUGGUUUUAUAUAUAGCCAUAAUAGAAACGAGACUAAUUAAAAAGCAUAUCUAAUAAGCGACCUGAAACGUAGCCACAUUGGGAGCCGAGUUUGCUCAGUAGGUGGUUAAACUAUAAAUAAUAAUAUUUUAAUUAAAAAGAGGGGUAAUUGUAUGGCAUAACUAUACCUAUAUGUAAGUGGGAACACUUUGGACUAACAUUUGACUCUUCAGUGGUUCCAAUAUUAGGUCUAUAAGGAGCAAUAUUGAAUCUAGGGACGGGUUUGUGUGCUUGGCUAUAGUUGGAUUUACAGACUCCUUGUAUGUCAGGGCCAUUUGCCAUGUCAAAUGAUUGUGCUUCAUUGAAUGGUAUGAAUUUGUCCACAUUGCUUCCACAAUACCCUGGAGAGCUUGGCUAGCCCUAUCGCUACCACAUUGCCACAACACCUUGGACUUUAGGAGUCAGAUAGAGCCUGUUUCUCUAGGUGAGACCUGAUACACUGUGUUUCCCUUACAGAUAUAUAUCACCUGCCUGGAGUUUGAAUAUGCAUAUUUCUCUUAUCCAUCCACCCAUAGAAGUAUUCUAAGCUGCUACCAUAUCAGUAUACUAGACCUCCAAACAGGCUGUCAAGAGCCCAGCAGAGUCAGAGGUGAAAAAUAGGGUGUAAAUAGACCAGUGAUCAGGUUCCAAAAGAAGCAGGCAAUGAUCCCGUCAGCCCAGAAGCAGGUGGUGUCCUCUGAGAAUAGCUGGUGUUCAGAUAUCACUCAUAAAACUAUAUAGGAAGUUGCCUUAUAGUAAAGUCAGACCAUUGAGCCAUCUUACUCUGCACUGUCUAUACAGACUGACAGCAGCUCUCCAGGGUUUAUGGGGAUAUUCCCAGACCUACCUGGAGAUGGGGUUUGAAGCUGGAGCUGCCUUCUUCAUGCAAGGCAGAUGCUCUACCACUAAGCUACAGCGCUUCCCCUAACAAGACUAGUUAGUUAAUAUAGUUAAUGUAAAUAGGCUGUAUCGGCUUGGCUGAUGCCGGCCAGAUGCCGGAUGAGGCAAGGCAGGAUUCUGAUUAGCACCUUAUAUGGUGGACAAGUUGCCCAGAUGUAAAGAGCCUAGGAGAGUUCUUAAAUAAAGGCUGUGGCAUCCUUAAUGGCUCCCCUGGUCAGCCUCCUACAACUGCCAGUGUAGUGCUGGGGAAGAUGUUAUCUGGAACUUGGGAAACUAUAAGGUCUCUGUAAGGGCCUUGGCCCAUUGGAGGAAUGCCCAAGUUUUUAUCAGUGAGCAGAGCACUGGUUGGAAUAAACCUUUGCUAAGAGUCCAUAUGAAUCUUAUUUUGGUAUUUUAAGAAGUGCCUCUCUUUCUGUCAGAGAGAAAUCUCUCAGCACCACCUGAUAAGUCAUCUCUAUGCAUAAGAAAGUAAGAAAAGCCUGCUGGAUCAGGCCAGUGACCCAUCUAGUCCAGCAUCCUGUUCUCCCUGUAGCCAACCACAUGCCUGUGGGAAACCCUCAUUCUCCCCUCCUGAUGUUUCCAGCAACUGGUAUUCAGAAGGAUUCUGCCUUCGGCCAUGGAGGCAGAGAAUAGCCAUUGUGGCUAGUCAGCAUGGAUAGCCUUUACUGCCAUGAAAUUGUCAAAUUCUCUUUACUGCCACCAGUGAAGGGCAUUAUAUGGGACUUCUUGUUUUAAGCUACAUGUCAGUUUGAACCACAGUUUUUAAUAGCAAGAGUAACAGUUCAGGUCACCUACCAGCCCUGGCUGGUGUCUACUGAGGACUAGAAGUUGGUUACCUGGUUGAGCAGGCAAGACAAGAGCAAUCAUUGCUUCUCAGUGUAAUGACUGAGAAGCUGGCUUUAAAUGAGCUGGUUUUAUAUGCUAUGGGUGCCUCCAGUGGCUUGUGAGGUCAGCUGGCCAACUUCAACUUGUGGGAUCUGCUAGCAGUAUGCUGGCUGGUAAGGUAGCCUAGUCUGGCUGGCUAACUUAGGAACAAAAGUGCCAAUGAUAACAGGAAGUAAGACGCAGAAAGCUGUUUGCUGGAGAUCCCAGUCUGAGACAAAUACACACACUUACACCAACUAGGCAGAUGAAAGAGUUGUCUAGAACAUUAGUGGCCUGUUCUGCUCAGAGGACAGAAGGGAAUUGUGUAUCAGUAACCACCUGGGAAGAAGUCUUACCAUAAGGCAGGACAUUCCAGUCCAUUGCAAUUCAAUGCAGAAAGAUUAAAAACAAGCAGCCCAGAGGACAGUGAUAGCAGCAUGGUCCUGUUUCACUUUUGCCCAGUGGUCCCCACUGGUGGACUUCUGGAGAUAAUGAAUUGCACAAUAAUCUGGCAGGAAUUGUCAGAGUCUUAAGCAGGCAAGCCAAGGCAUUGCCAAAAUCAGUCUGAAGUACAAGCAAUUGGUCAGGCCAAAACAGAGGUGCUCUGUGUGAUUAUAUAGUCAGAUUUUCAACUCCAAUGUGUCAUUUUGCACUGGGCCAGAAGAUAAAGGCAAUGCGUCCUCUGUUUUCAUGUGGUCAAAGUUCCUGUUUUGUAACUCCUGUUUUGUCCCAAUGAGAUCCUCAUUGGGUGGCUAAGUAUGUGGACCUAGGUUCAAGGUUCCUCAGUUGCACUCAGGGGUAUGUGUGCUGGGCAGCAUCAAGGUUCAGGUGAUCCAGUCCUCCUCCUAGUAAGCUGGCCUACUGAACUUUGGUGCCAGAUUUUCUGGUUCAAGCUCAAUGGCAUUUUACAGUGGGAGACCCUGGUCAGGCGCAAGGGUCAGGUCCCUUGUUCUUCACUGAUCCCACAGCAUCCUUAGGGAGGAGCUGGCAUCCUCCUGCUUUUCACUACUGUGGUAUCUGCGACCAAACAGUUUGAUAGGAGAGCAGGAACUGCCAGCAGUUCAGUGUCACCAAGAGAUCAAACUGCUGCAAAACAAAGUAAAAUGGGUCUGUUCAAGUUGAAGGUAGUCGAGCCAAGAUAGAGAACCUACACCUUCUAUGUGAAUAAGAAAGUAACAAUGAACCUAACCGACCUAGCCAGUCACUGCAAUCCUGUGCACACUUACAAGGGAGUGAAUGCCACCGAACACAGUGAAACUUACAUCUGAGUGAAUAUGCAUAGAUUGCACUAUACCAUGAAUGAGCAGAAUCUAAAGCUAUCUGCUACAAUUUAAAAUGGCAUUGUCGCACAAACAAUGCUAUAUCAAAUAAUUAAGAGCAUGCCACCAGAUAAUAGGAAAGUAAGUUCUCCAGAAGUUCAACUUGAGUUGCAGUUGCGGGCCAACUCUCUUGUUAUUUCCUCUUCUCUGCAUGGGGGGGGGGGAUAAAAAGAGGUUGCAGUUGGUAGAAUGGAUGGAUGAUGAUGAUGAUGGAAGAAGCUUAUUGGACCUCACCUGCAAUGGGAAAUGAUGUCCAAUAGGAAAUGAUGUCCAGAGAGCAUCAUUUCCCACCAGUCCCAAUGGGCCUUCUUCAUUGCAUUUAUAUCUCUCUUCCCCAACUUUUGACCUCUUUCCCCGUUAGGGGGAGGUGAAAGAGUAGCGGGCAAUGAAGGGCAGGGUGAGGCAUGAGCAGGAUCAAGACAAGGUGCCUGCUUGAGGUACCAAUCUUUAUUCUGCUUGCUGCUAAUUCUAUCCAGGAUGCCCACCAAGCUGAACUCAUUGCUCUCCCCAUUCUUGCUGAUAAGCGAGUAUAAAACUGACAACUUAAAAGUUUCCACCACAGUUCUGCUAUUAUAUUCCUGUGUGGCCUUGGCAAACUGUUUAGGCUGAAAGUGGAUUGUGGCAUUUUUUAUGUUUUAUGUGUGGUGCCCUCUCUGUGUUUAGUAGACAAAUGCAGAAUUCACUGUUUGGGCAUUUAAAGGAAACUCAGUGCCCAUGUUUUAGGUCAAGGACUUUACGGUAUCAACAAGUUGUGGGUUCAAUGUUAAAGCUGCUUUUGAAAAAUGUAGAUCUCGAUUUCUCUUCAUUUCCCCAUCUGUAAAAUGGGGCCAGUUGUUCCCGAUUUUCACAGGGGUGUACUGAGGGCUAAAUAAUAUUUGUAUAUAGCUUUUGAAAUGUAAAAUUAUUCUUAUUAUUAUUAUCAUAAUUCAGAAAUGCUCUAACAAACCUCACAGUUCUUGGUUACAGUCAUAGAACGACAGAGGAACACAAAGCUUAUAGAGGAAUGUAUGAAAUGUGAAUAUUCUGAAGGCAAGAACAGUAUUAUAAACAAGGCAAGAGUAUUAAAGUCCCUUAUCCUGGACAACCUUAUGAAUUACUUGAAGAAGGUGGGAUGCGUGUGUAAAUUAUGAGCCAGUGGUAAUGAACUCACUUUGUCUUCAAAGACAGCUUCUAGACUGUUGAGACCCAAGAAUGGUAUUUUUUAUCUAAUUGCAAACUAGUUAGGUAGCCUUUCAAAAAGAGAUUAGUACUGUACUCUAACGAACACAGUCCAGUAUUUUCUUUUACUUGAAAGUAAUGAAGAUCAUAUCUGAUCCUAUAAAUUUUGUUGCAUCUCAUUUGUAGAUGCUAAAUACAGUCUCGAAUGAGGGAAAAAUACUGCUGAAGGUGCUGAAGUGCAAAGCUAUGAAUUAGACUAUAAUGGUUUAGGGAGGAAAUUUGAAGUAGGAUUUCACAAUGUCACUGUCUUCUAAGUCCUUCUGCAUAGUAAUAGUCUUUGGAUACAUCUGCCGUUUCCAGCAGGGCAUUGUAAUUAACUGUUGUGACAGCUGUGGUUUGAGAAUUCCAAGUGUAUUCUCUCUCUCUCUCUCUCUCUCACACACAC